AUGGAGAAGUCCAGGGCGAGGCCAUCUAGGGGCCACUGGCGGCCCGGUGAGGACGACAAGCUGCGGCAGCUCGUCGACAAGUACGGCCCGCAGAAUUGGAACUCCAUUGCUGAGAAUCUGGAGGGGAGAUCAGGCAAGAGCUGCCGGCUCCGGUGGUUCAACCAGCUGGACCCGCGGAUCAACCGGCGGCCCUUCACGGCGGCGGAGGAGGAGCUGCUCCUGCAGGCGCACCGCGCCCACGGCAACCGCUGGGCGCUCAUCUGCCGCCUCUUCCCGGGCCGCACAGACAACGCCGUCAAGAACCACUGGCACGUCGUCAUGGCGCGCCGCCGCCGCCACCACCACCGCUCCGGCGGUACCCUCAUAGGCGAGGCCACCACCGGCGCUCUGCCUCGUCAUCAGCCGUCGUUUCAGUACUUCCAUUUUGGAAGCUGCUGCCCGCCGGCGACGAAGACGACCACCACCCGCUCGCUGUGCUUCGCGGUGCCUGCAGGUUCCGGGCCGCUCGGCCUCAGCAGCCCAGCUGGAACGUACGGUGUCAUCAGGAACUGCAACGUGCCUACUGCCGCCGAUGCCGUCGCAUUAUUAGACGGCCAUCGCCAUGACAUGAGCAAAGACGACCUUGGUGGCGACUAUGACAAUGGCGGUGCGGUUGCAAAGAGGAAGGAGAAGGACGUGCAAUUCUUCGACUUCUUGGGCGUCGGGAUCUGA